AUGACUUCAUCGCUGCCUUCAAAUCCAGUUGUGAAUUCCGAGAGAUCAUCGGUUCGAAGAAAAAAGAAGAAAUUCCAAAGCCAAAUCCAUAGAGAUAAUUUGAAUAAUAAUCAGAAUCAAAAUUCUACAAUUGAAUGGAAAUCCGAAUCUCAGCAACAAAUUUACUCAUCAAAGCUGCUUCAAACGCUGAGCCAUGUCCGGCUCAACGGCUCACAAUCCCAAACCACCACUCCAAAGCGCGGCCGAGCUUUCCGUGAAGCCGCCGAUAGAGUACUCGCCACCACUGCCAAAGGCCGCUCCCGCUGGAGCCGGGCGAUUCUCACGAAUCGGCUCAAGCUCAAGUUUCUCAAGAAGAAUAACAUCACCAAACGGCAGAGAAAUGUGAUGGUGGUUACCACCGGGAACAGCCGGCCGCAGAAGAAAUCAAAAGUGAGCAUCUUCCGUUUGAAAUCGAAGAGUUUACCAGUUAUUAACAGGAAAGUGCGCAGUCUCGGUCGGUUGGUUCCCGGUUGCCGGAAAGAGCCUUUGCCGGUGAUUUUAGAGGAGGCUAUUGAUUAUAUACCAGCUCUUGAAAUGCAAGUCCGAGCCAUGAGCGCUUUGACAGAGCUGCUUUCUGUUUCUGGCGGCUCUUCUUCUUCUUCCAGCGCGGCUUCGGCUUUUGGUGGUCUGAUUAACCUGCCUAGCUCGAGCCGGUCUCACCCUGGCUAA